CUGUAAAAGAGAGGUGCUGGGAGCAACUUGGUGCAGCCGCAGGGCAGAGCAGAGCGCGGCACCACUCCCUUCCCCCACCUCUCUCUCCCCCUGUCUUCCUCCCCUAACCCAAUUUCAAAAUGAUUGUCUACAAGGACUUGAUCAGCGGUGAUGAGAUGAUGACGGACGCAUUCCCGCAAAACCCUGUGGUCGGCAACGACGGCGAGAUCGUCGAGGGCAUGUUCGAGGUUGAGUCUUCCACCGCGGUCAAGGGUGCUGACAACGUGGACAUCGGUUGCGGAAACGCGUUCGGCGGCGAGGAGGAGGUCGUCGACGACUCUGUGGAGAAGGUGAACAACGUCAUCGACCCUUUCAAGUACACCGAGGUACCCUUCGGAAGCAAGACUGAGCUCAAGGAUUACCUGAAGGAGUAUGUACGGAGUGUACGUGCUAAGCUGAAGGAGAAGGGAACGCCGCAGCCCGAGAUCAAGGAGUUCAUGGCGCAGGCACCAGGGAUCGUCAAGUUUCUUUUGAGCAAGUUUGCCGACAUGCAGACAUUUGCGGGAGAAUCGAUGACGGCGGAGGGGGGAAUGGCGUUCGGUUACUACAAGGACGGAGCCCACAACCCGACAUUCGCGUACAUCAGCAAGGCCCUGGAGGCGGAGAAGUUCUAACCAUCGGAGGCUGCUGUGGAAUCAAUCGAGUCUAGGGCGAGAAUCAGAAAGGAGACACCCUUCCGGGGGCGAGUGUGGCAUUCAGGAGGGCGAUCGGACGGAGCGGUCAAACCCCAAGGACUUCGAAUAGCCUCUGCUAGCUCGCGCAUGUGACGCGAAAAGGAAGGGGCCGAUGCGUGUAUGUGGUUGCGUACUGAUUGCAAUUGCGAUGAUUGUCAAUGGGACGAGCUUUGCCACUCGUUUGCAUUGCGCAUUGGAUCUCUCGGGAGAUGCGUUCAUGGGAUACCGUUUUUGUACUGCGCCUGCCACCGCGUCAUCCGCGGCGAGCGCAUGUGUGACCUGUUGUUCUGCUGUCGUUUUGAGCAAGCAGCUCAAUUGUUUCCUGCUAAAUAACACGUGACGCAUCCUCCUUGGAACGUGAGGAAGAAGAUUUACUAGAUUUUUUACUCUCGUCUCAACUCAUCGUGUCGGACUACUUGUAGGCGGCGCGCAGUUGAAUAUCCGCCCCACAUCUACGGUCUUGUUUGUAGACAGAAAAUUAUCUUGUUGAUAGACAGAAAAUUCAUACCCUUGCCCGCAGUCUUGCUAAAGGCUUGCUUGCAUACUUGGCGUGAACGGCGGGAAUUGUAUACUACGCUCGGGGUCGUUGGGCGCAUGCGUGUAUUGACUUGUCGCGCACGUUUUCGUCAACGCUCCCCAAAAUGGACCAAAAGGACAAAAGACAUCCCGAAUUGCUAUUAGGCACAACAACACUCAUAGUUUCUCCAACAAAAUAAGAUGCUCGGUCCGCAUGCGCCUUCUCGCACCGGCCGCCGACCUGAAAGUCGCCCAACCCAAAACGCCUAAAACUGCACCCUUCUCCUGUUUUCGCAACAACUCCACUGUGCACAACAAACUCGACUUUGUGUCAACCCCAUCACCGUCCCCGAGCAUAAUGCCAAUGCGCCCCCCCACUCUCAAAGCGUUUGUGGUUGCAAGAAUCCAGUCUUUUUGGUCAUUUUCCCAGAUGUCCUCCCUGCGGGUGCUUCCGUCUUCGGAGCCUCCGGAAUAAGCCUCCCGUUUUCUGUCUCUUCUUAUCUUUCGUUUCGAACCGAUCUCUCCGAUGACCCACUCGUCAGCCCAAUUCCGCCCUGUGGGCACGCGACUGUUCGAAAAAAGGGACCUCCUUUGCAUAGAACGGCUCUCUUCUGUACUCCCGAGGCGGCCCAUCACAGAUCUCACUUGCCGAGCGUGAGCGAGAUAAUCGUACACGCCGGGGUAAGGGGGUGAAGUGAGAACGUCGUCGAAGACCAAGCUGUUGGAAUUGUGCUCGUCACUGCCAACGGGAUCAUUCGGCUCGUAACACGCGGCCAAGUUUUCCAAGCCGCCACCACCGGCGUUCUCCUUCCCUCCGACUCCGGCGUCAACAACCAGAGGUAGUAUAGGAUGGCGAGCAUCCCGACGAAGGAUGACGGGCGUCUGAGGCAGAUAAGGCGCGGCACUUGCCGUGGCGGCACUAGUCAAAUUCUUGACCGCAAUCGUGUACUCCUUGCAUACCUUGAAAAACUUCGCAGGCCACGACAUGUUCAACGCCACGCCGCCGUUUCGUUGCUGCUUUCGGCCGCGCCACCGCCAAGGCGAACCACAGCGCAUCCCUUAGCUCAUCCUUCACCCCAUCCUUGGACCUGGCCGCUAAGUAAUCGGCAAUCUCGGACUCGAUACAAUCCCAGUCCUUGCCGGAUACCUGGCGGGUGUGCGUCUCUCCAAGCUUAGCCGCAGCAGCUUCGCAAACAGACUGCACGGCCUUCGCCGCAGUCCAGGAGGGGGGUG